AUGCAAACAGAGCCCACCAAGAGUAUAGACCAAGAACCGUCGACAAACGCUUCCACUCCCCAACAACCUACCACCCAAGAUGGCUUUCGUUCUCCUGAACCGGGCUCUCUCGAUGGGAGCUCUCAGCCUGGGUUCUGCGGUCCCCCGUCCGGCCGCGUGCCAAAUGGCGCGAGCCCAGUCCUGAAAGGGGUCAACGCAGACGAGACUGGCGAAGAACAGCGCGCGCCAGGUAGCCGUGAGGACCGUUCCACUCUUCCUGGGGAGCGUGUCUCUGCCUACGAGCAUGCUACGAUACCGAGUGUCCCGACGGGCUUCAAGGUCACGAAGCGGCCUGGCCCUUCGUCGGAGGGUCCUUCGCUGGCAGACUGCCCCAAUGAAAUCCUGACCCAAAUUCUGUCGCACCUCCACCCGGACUCGCACGGCUCCGUCGCACUCGUGUCGAAGCGUUUCUACUCGUUGAUUGCUGAGCCGCAUGCAUGGCGUAUGGCGUUUCUCCGCUACUUCCCCGGCCCAGAGGCCAUGGGCACUUCACAGAGGAAGGCCGUACACCAAGACGCGGACUCCGAGGAUGCGAACAGAGUGCGAUCUGAAUUCCGUUACUUCACCCGCUUGACCUCCCUGGCCUCGUGGCGGAGCGAAUACCUUCUGCGGACCCGGCUGUUGCGCAGCGUGGCCCGCGGCAAGCCUGGAGCCAGAGUUGGGGGUGUGGGAAGCUCUCUGAGGCCUGGUCAUUCAUCCAAGAAAGCCAGCGCUGUUCUCACCUACAAUACUAAGCUACCGUGGAUGAUCAGCAACAUACACGCUGUGUUUGAGAACAACAAAAGAGGUCCAAAGGUCAUCGUUGGCACGAGGGACUUGUGCGUCUCCACCGUGAGUGACCCGUCGAGUGGCAAGGUCGAGAAAUGGGGUCUCGAUGACCCUUUCGCAUUCGCUCAAUUGGACGAGCUAUUCCCGACUCUGGAGCCUUACGGCGUUGGAGAUGGUCCAGCUGCUGUAUACAAUGUGAUGGACGUGAGUCAGCCCUACGGAAUGGUGGGAGGUGAGGGCUUUCCCGGCGGCCGCCCAUACUUCCGUGCGACGAACGAACUGCGUGGAAGGUACCUCGGCGGGCAAGACAGCAUCAUCGACAUGAGCCCUGAAGUCCCCAAGAUACCGGAAUUGUUGGAGUCGAUCUGCAGUGUGUGGAUCGCCAAGUCCUCAGCAGUUCCCUCGAUAACACAAAACAUGAUCGGGAUGAUGACUGCGUCCACACUGGGCGUGGUCACUGCGUACGCCUUAGGUCACGAUUUCGCAGGUCCCCAAUACAAGGCUGGAGACAUGACGGCGCGCUGGGUCCUCAGCCCUGGUGUUCCAAUUGUUGCGCUCAAAGUUGACGACAGCUUCAACCAAAAGCAGAUGUCUUUAGGUCGCGUCUGGGCAUGCGCUCUCAAUGCUCUUGGGGAGUGCUUCGUUUUGACGCAGACCCCAGUUCCACCGAUUGAGGCUACAAGAAAGAACUCAGACACCAUUAAAUCUGCUUGGAUCGCUGGUCGCACUGUCUACUGGGAACUUAUCGAGUCUACGCGCCGUCAAGCCCGCCCGGAUGAUCUUGAUAAGAACGCCGUACGCGGCACGUACUCGCCACGCUCGCCCUGUGAUGCCAUGGCUUUAAGUAAGAGCCAAACUAUCGCUGAGGCUCGAGAGAUCGAGAAAUACCUCCGAUAUGAGCCAGCUCACUUCAGGAAAGUCUGCGAGGGCUGGAAUAUGAGGAGGCAGCUCGAAGUGGACUUCGCCGAGGAGAUAAUCCUCACUAUUUGCACCGGACAAGACGAGGAACAGCCGGCCGAGAUUAUUCGUUGCAGCAGAUCUACUCUCGGGGCAACUGACAACUCGAAGGUUUCCACUCCGACUGUCCUCACUCCAAACGUCCUUUCUCCCACGCCAUUGAAAUCCAUCUUUGGUUCUGGUGCCAACACCCCUGUCCUUGCUUCCUCUCCUGGACCUCAGAAGCCAGACACGACGGUUAUGCCACAGGCGGGGGAAUGGCAAACAUCGAAGCUGUCUUUGAAGAAACUCGGCAAGGCCCAGAUCACAGCCGUUGCCAUGGACAACUGCAUUCCCGCGUUACUGGCCCCAUUUGAAGAUCCUCUCAACACUGACUCUCAGCACCUGAAAUCGGGAGCGACCACGCCGACUUCAAAGCAAAAUACCGGGGAGAUACCUGGGCGAAGAGCUCGCUUCUUUGGCAUAGGUAGUGACCAUGGCAAGAUACUUGUCUGGAACGUGCGUGACACAUCUUCAGAUCUGGUAGAACCGGUAUUUGCGGUCCAAACAGAAUCUCCCGACGUCACCAGUCUGGCCAUCUCGGCGUUGUAUCUCGUCCACGGAGGAAGCGAUGGGCUUGUACAGGCUUGGGACCCCCUAGCUUCUUCGGCGGAACCCAUUCGAACACUGAACUCGCGGUCUUCUGGUCGAGCGCCGCGGCACAUUCUGAACGCUAAUCCGGCCUUGCGGCACGGACUAUUCGACCUGUCCAGCCAUUUUCCUGGACCCAGACCCAACAAUUUUGCGAGGUAUUCUAUGCUUUGGGACGUUUGUGCGAUACUGGACUUACAGCUCAACCUUGCAGAGUCUCGGUCGUAG